GUGAGCUGAUUGGUCAGAGCUUGUCACAUGGUACAAGGCUGUUGUGAAUAGCCCCGUACCAUGUGAUCUCUGUGAUCAUUCACAGAUUUCACACGUAGUAAGCAAUGAUGCCAUAAGUGACAUCUUGCUUCCUACUCUUGUGACCUCUGUGUGAGGUCCUGAUCAUUGAUCACAUGAUCAGGACCUCACACAGAGGUCCUGUACGAGGUCACCGGAUCACCGUAUGGUGUUCACUGGUUCAUGGUGCUGCGCGCUCCCAGGGAGCACGCACAGGCAGGGAGGCCAUUUUAUAA